AUGUCAUUCCUCCACUCCUCAGAUGGUCAUCCGUCUGAUUCUUCUUUUAAUCUUUCCAACCCCAGCACCACCACCUCCUUCAACCUGGCUGCCCAUGACAGCAUGACAGCACUGCUCGAGAGCUCCAACAAGUAUAUGUCCUCAUUGACUUCCCAUCUCUUCGAUAACUAUAUGCAUCGUCUGCAGAACAAGCUCUCUGUUGCAGUCACACAGAGAGAUAUCUUCAAGACCAAGUGGGACACAGCCACGCUUGAGUGGGACACUUUACAGCAUCUAUAUAACCAGACCCUCAGUACAUGGGCUGCUGCACAUGCCUCGCAUGGUAGCAGCAGCAGCCCGUCUUCUUCAUCUGCUCAGGCGAUGAUGCCAUCUGGCGACUCUCCUCCUUCGAUCAUGGCUCCCACUGCUCCCACUACUGCCGUCAUUCCCAUCUUUACCAAGGCGGAUGCUCCAAGCACGCAGUUUUGGAUGCACAAGGACUACAACAACUGGCUUAGCAGCACCAACAAUUGGGACAACAAUCACGGCCCUACCGGGUUUCUUGAGACAAAGGAUGGCAAGGUACUAGCUUGUGUCACCCUCAACCAGCUCUGCAAGUUGGUCAAGCGCAUCUGGAGGAACAUGGCCAAGAACAACAUGCUCCCAGCCAAGUGGGAGCAGCUCUCCCUCAACGACCUUGAAGAAUUUGUCUGCCAGGCCUACAAUGAGUGGCCACUCGCUGGCUACUGCACUGGCACCUGGAAGAUUGAUGUGCUCUGCUCAAUCAACUUGCCCAGCUGA